CAAAUCCAAAUCUAUAUAUGUUUUUCAUUAUAUAUGAUGGAAAAACAGACACAAAAUUAUUUACACACGUUUUUCCAAAUUUCCAAAUGAAUUUUUAAAUUUUAUAUUAUAUUAAUCAACAAAUAAUCAUGUCCACAGGAAAAAGAAAAACAAACGAUCAAGUGUCACCAAAUCAAAAACGAGUAAAAUAUUCCACCGAGGAUUUAAUUGAUGAACUAAAAAUACUCGAAAACGAAGAAAUAAAAACAGGAAUCAUAAAUUUUAACAGCAAAACAAUUAUUAUGAUUGACAAUCAAGAAAUUGAUCUUCACAACAUCAAUUCUGAUUUAUCAUCAAAAUUAAAUUUUAUCCAAUCAUCUAAUAUUUCAACAACAAUUGCCAACAAUGAUGAAAUGAAAAUUAUUACUAAUUCAAAAAUUUUCCAACCACUCGAAAAACAAUUAGAAAAUGAAAAUAGUCAUUUAUUAAAUUUUCUUGGACAAUCAAUAACAACUGAACAACUUGGUAAUAAAUAUCAAGCAAUUCCUGAAAAAUUUGUUAUUUAUCGUGAAAAUGAUUUUCGUUUACCUUGUAAAAAUAUUUCUGAAUAUAAUCAAACAAAUUUAUUAAUUAUCAUUUGUCCAACUGAAUGUCAAGGUGGAAAUAUUUAUUUUCCUCAAGUGAAAAAAAAAUUUACACCACGAAAAUCAGAUAAAAAAUUAUUAAAUUUCGUUCUAUUUGGAAUGAAGCAAGAAUAUAAAAUUUCCAAAAUUACUAAAGGAUUACGCAUUUUGAUUGUGUAUAAAAUUUUUGAAAAUUUUAUCGAUAUUGGAUUAGAGGAUUUAACAAUGAUUGAUAAUGAAAAUUUAAGAGAAAUAUUAAAAAAUAUUACUGAAAAAAAUGUUUUAAUUUCAAUAGGAGAAUGGAAAAUAGUAAAAAAAUUAUGUGACGAUAUAAAAAUUAAUUAUAAAGAAGUUUAUUCAGAUGAUGAUUGUCCAAAAAUUGUUUACGAUGAAUUUGAAGACAAUGAAUAUGAAUAUUAUUUUUUGGGAUGGCGUGAUUCUGAUGUUGAUUUUGGAAAUUUAAUUGAAAAUAAAAUUGGUUAUAAUGUGGAAAAAUUUAUACAUAUAUCAACGCCGAAACAAAUAUUUAAACCAGUUGUUAGAUAUUAUUAUCCUGGUUUUGGACCAAAGGAAACUUAUUAUGAUAUUGAUUAUUAUCCAUUUAUAUUAAUUAAUCCUUAUAAAGAUGUAGAACAAGAAAUUGAUAAUUAUGAAAAUAGACAGUCAGAUGAUGAGGAAUUAAAUGCUGAAGUUUGGAGAAUUAAUAAAUAUUUCUCGACAAUUCCGUUUUAAAGCAAAAAAAAAAAAAAAAAUCGACGCAUUAAAAAUAAUUAUUAUUUUGUAAAUUUUUCCACAUAAAUUUGAAAUUAAUUUUUAAAUUUGUCACUUUGUUCAAAAAACGAACAAACAUUUUACGAUUGUUAUAAAGAACUAUGUUUUUAAAGUUUAGACAUAAGUGCCAUAUUAUUUAACAAUUUAUUAUUAUAAAAUUAAAUGAUUAUUAUUAUUAUUAUUAGAAAUUACUAUUUAUCACAAAUAUUUGUUACUAUAAUUUAUUAUUAUUUUAUUUAAUAAGCAUUAUUACGACUUAUUAUUUCUAAUUAUUAUUUGUUAUUAUAAUUUAUCAUUAUCAUAAAUAAUAAUUAUAAUAAUAAAAAAAAUGAAAAUAAUAAAAAUAAUAAUAAAAAUAAUAAUAAAAACAAUAUAAUAACAAUGAUAAUAAAUAUAGUAAUAAUAAUAAUUAUUAUUAUUAUAAAAACAUUUGUACAAUCGAAAUAAAGAUUUUAUAAUGAUUUAAAAAAUGAAAAUGUAUAAAAAAAUGUAUUGUUUUUUUAAUAGAGAAAUAUGGUUUACAUCUUUCUAAAAAUAAGGACUCAAAAAUUCAAUAAAAAAAUAUUUUUAUUAACA